CCAGAGACAGUACACUGCAGUACAAAAGAUGCAUACACCUCUGAAAAAACUUUCCUUGCAUUAUAACCUUGAUAAGUAGUAAAUAAUUUCACCAGUAAAUUAAAAAACUACAAUGAGUAAACGGGAUGUGUUGACAUUUCAAAAUUGCUGGGUUUCCGGAAAAAGGUCAUUUCAUAUCAUUACAGAGUCAAAAAGUCGUCUUCCUUUUCCACAGUUGUAUGGGUACCCAUUAAUAUCUUUUUUAACACUCUUUUAGAACAAAGAAAAAUUCUCGGAUUUAUCUAUUGUUUCUCUAGGUUUACGGAAUUGUGAACAUAAUGCAGAACCAGGAUAACAAUGAAAAAAACCCAAUGUUAACUGAAGAAUUUCAGGUGACCAUCUGUUCCGACGUUUUGAACGCUGAAGACCUACGUCUUCUUCUUGAACAAUGGGUCAAAGAAUACGAGAAACAUCUGAAUUCUGACAAACAUUUAAAAUAUUUUGUGUACACUCCGUCCAGCCAAUCUGCAGAGGAUUAUUAUGAUGCUACAUCUAACUAUUCAGAGUUCAGGUUUGAAUCAGGAAAAUCCUUUGACAACAUAUUUUUCCCGGAAAAGAAAGAUAUUUUGCGGCGCAUCAACUUUUUCCAGGAUAACAAGGCCUGGUACAAAGCCCGCGGUAUACCGUACACCAUGGGAUUCUUGUUCUACGGUGAGCCGGGCUGUGGGAAGACUUCGACCAUUAAAGCCAUUGCCAACCACACCCAGCGUCAUAUUGUUGCCAUUCCUCUGAACAAAAUUAAAACUGGAAAGGAAUUGUUGAAUGUUUUCUACAAUGUGAAGAUGAACUACAAGGAUAUCCCGUUGAACCAGAGGUUGUACGUUCUGGAGGAUAUUGAUUGCGCCGACCUCAAGAAUAUUGUGACAGAUAGAUCCAAGGAGACAGAGAAGGAAGGAUCUGAGACAGAAUCUGAGAAUAUUAACACAAGCACGAUGAAAGAUAUGGAUGAGGGUAGCAUGGAUCUUCUCAACUUCUUGAAGGUCUCCAGCGCCAACUUUGACAAAAAGUCCAACCGUCUAACCCUGGCCACCCUGCUAGAGGUGUUGGACGGGGUGAUGGAGAUGGACGGACGUAUGCUCAUCAUUACAACAAACUACCCAGAGAAACUUGACAAAGCUCUUAUUCGUCCGGGACGGAUUGAUCUGAAGUUGAAGUUUGAAAAAUGCACGAAAGAAAACCUGGUUGAAAUGUACACUCACUACUUUGAGAAUGAACUCCCCGACGGGUUUGAUAUCGAGAAGGUUCCUGAUCAUCGGUGGACUCCUGCAGAAGCAACCCAGGUGUUCCUCAACCACAUGUACGAACCAGAAAAGGGACUUGAUUUUAUUGUUAACGGAUUCCCGCAAUCUUUGAUACAGGAUUAAGUUCUGUCACGACUACACUUAGAUAUACAUACUCUUGUCCCACAUUCACGCUUUUAUCCAACUUAUGACACAAAAAGGGUUUACUCCCAUGUAUUUAUCUCCUGUAACUAAUCCCUUCUAUUGUGCACUUUCUAAAUUUCCUCCGAGUUUACACUCCUGUAUUUGUAUUCUCAGUUCUUAUUCCCUCCGAUAUGUUAAAAGUUCUAACCCUAUUCCCUCCGACUGUGCACGAAUAAAUUUCCUCUGAUUUUACAUAUCCCUCUAAUUUAAUGUUACAUUGUCUGAACCUAUUCCCGCCAACUAAACACUUUCUGUAUUUAUUUUCUCACCUUGCUCGCAUUUCCUCAGUUUUCCAUUAUUUUUAUCCAAUUCCUCCGUUUUCCACUUUAAAAAUCUUCAAGGCCAAUUUUGUAAUCCCUCUGAUUUUCAACUUGUAGCACUUUAAGUCUCUGAUUUUCCACUCUUAGUAACAAAAUACUGACAAUUUUCCAUACAUUGUACCCAUUUUCUCCGAUUUUUCACUCUUUUUUACCAAAUUCCUCCGAGUUCACCAAAUCCCUCCGAUUUUUCACUCGUUUUUUAUCAAAUCCCUCCGAUUUUUCACUCCUUUUUACCAAAUCCCUCCGAUUUUCCACUCCAAGAAAAAAUGUCCUCCAAUUUUUCACUCCCCAACGUUAUUUAUAAAAUUUUUCUUAUGCAGUAUUUUUAGUUUUCUGUUAAAUAAUUUUAGCAAAUUAACAUUUUAAGUUUGAAAUAUGUUUUUAUUAAUUCACGAAAAUACUCUAGAUGUGAUUAUGUAAAAGUUCUUCAGUGACUGAAGAACAUAUUAAUGUUGUGAUAGAUGAGCGUUAGAAUAAAAUGUUAAAUUAUUUUGCAAAUUAACAUUUUAAGUUUGAAAUAUGUUUUUAUUAAUUCACGAAAAUACUCUAGAUGUGAUUAUGUAAAAGUUCUUCAGUGACUGAAGAACAUCUGAAUGUUGUGAUAGAUGAGCGUUAGAAUAAAACGUUAAAUUAUUUUAA